GAAAUGGAAACAAUGCUGAGCAUGCGCGGUGUUGUGGGAAGGGAAGCGCAGGAGCAGUGCUAUGCCUGGUUACGUCAUGUGGUGUUGAAGGGCGGGGCGGAGCCGGGCAGCGCUGCGCAUGCGCACUGGCUUUACCCGCCCGGUGCUGUUGCUCCGUGGGUACCGUCCGGCGCUGCCCGGGAGCGGCUUGGAAGCGCCGGGUUCGGUUCCCGGCUGCGGCAGCGGCGGGCGAGGGUUGUGGUGACAGUGGAGGAGGGCGGCUGUUGCUGUGGCUGCAGCGAGGUGGAAAGAGCACUCAGUGAGAAGUUUCCCAUUUGGAGUUGGGCUCCAGAAGGAAGGAACUUGAAACCGCUUCUUCUGAUAAAUCCCCCAGGGCUGAGCUGGAGAACGGGUGGAGACAGUGGCAAGCGGGAGUCCCAUGUUUACAUCUGCCCUUGGAUUCCACUUUCUUCCAGUGGGUCUGUGCUGCCCGAAGUACAAAGGAAGGAGGUGUUGGAGUACCUGUUUAUUCACCUGUUGAGCUUGGAAGAGAUGCUGAGUGUGAAAUUCCAGGGGUGCCGGCUCCUUGCGAGCUGUUGGCUGCUCAGGAGAUUGGGUCGGGGAAAGGGGGGGAGAGUCCGAGCACAGCACAGUGGUAGGAGCUGGGUUUGCAUCUCAAUCUAAGGCAUCUCAAAGCCUGAUAAGCUGGAAAGAAGACUUUGCUGUGUUAAUGCACAAUUACAUUUUUGUGCAAUUUUUUGAAAUUAGGGCUGGGAUCAACCUGGGGAGGUUAUCUGGCCCAAUUCCCUGUGCCCUGCUUUGCCAUGAGGAAUGGAUGCCUGACCUCUUUGCAGAGAGCUGCUGCUGCUAAAGAUUUCUCAGUUUCUAUAGUGAAUUUAUCCCCGUACUUUGCUGCUAUAAAGAAGUCUCCCCUUGCUGCCAUUUCCCCCUAUUACAUUUAAGAUCAGCUCCAGCUGAGUUAGAAUUUGAUCCCGACCUUUUCCCUUUUUUUUUUUCCCAAGAGGCCUCAGCUAUCUCGCUAUUUCUUUCCUCUCUCACCCUCCAGGUCCUGUUUUUCAGACCUCGUUCUUUCCUUAUAAAACCCUCGAUAACCCAUUCCCCACUUAAGGCUUUGUUGUAUGCUUGUUUUGCUACCUUCUGGGUGCUGUGGAUGAAGGUCUGGCUUUGAGGAGCACACCCUGCUCCCUUUGCUCAAGGGAUUGCAGUUAUUCCAAUCUCCUGCUGCUGAGGGCUUCCUUAGGCUCUUGCUGAAAUGAAAAAUAUCCAGGAAGCUUUUCCUUUUUUGAGAUUAGACUGGUUUCUGCAGGUCCUUGAGAUGUGACCAUGAUGGUUAAAAACCCACAGUGCAAAUGAAGGUUUCUCCCGUCUUCCCCCCUGCCCCCCACCUGCUCCAUGCACAGUUCAUUACUUUGUAAUCACAACUACUAAGGAAACCUUUCUACUCUUGUCAAUUGGCAAUGCAACUGCUUUUAAAUUCUGGUUUAAAAUCGGUUUUGAAGUCAGGUUCUGCCCUUGCUAUUGAUUUGAAUUCUUGACUGAGUAAAUUAUUGGUGCUUAACAA